AUGGGUGCCAUAUUCUUUGGUCUAACGAACGAUGGCAAAGGUUUGCAAAAUAGAAUUGGUGCCAUGUUCUUUAUGACUACUAAUCAGUGUUUCAGCAGCAUCUCAGCAAUUGAACUCUUUGUGGUUGGCACCUAUUUUGCUCGUGGAGUUUCAGGGGGGGAAAGGAAAAGGACCAGCAUUGGAUUAGAACUCAUUACUAACCCCAAAGUGUUGUUCUUAGAUGAACCAACAACAGGACUGGAUUCUAGCACGGCCAAUGCUGUCCUGCUGCUCUUAAAAAGGAUGUCACUGCAAGGAAAGACAAUCAUUUUUUCAAUCCAUCAGCCCCGGUACUCUAUUUUCAAGUUGUUUGACAGCCUGACAUUACUUGCUGCUGGAAGGCUAUUGUAUCACGGGCCAGCUGACAAUGCGCUUCCCUAUUUCAAAAGUCUUGGUUUUGUGUGCGAACCGUACAACAACCCUGCGGAUUUCUUUCUGGAUAUCAUCAAUGGGGAUUCCUCGGCGGUUGCAGCAAGUAAAAUGACAAUUCACAGCGCAAUUCUGGAGGCAACUGAAAGGGAACAGGAGACCAUUGCUGUAACAUUAGCAGUACAGUUUUCUAAAUGCAGUUUCUACAAAAAAAUGCUUGAAGAACUGGAUGUACUGUCUAAGGAGCAGAAAAGAUUAGGAACAAUAAUCAAAGGAAUUCCAUAUUCCACUCCUUUUCUUCAUCAACUCAAGUGGUUAUCCAGGCGCACAUUUAAAAAUUUGAUAGGCAAUCCACAAAAUUCCACAGCCCAGAUAGCUAUUAUCACAGUCAUGGGAAUAAUUACUGGAGCUGUUUUUUCUGGCGUUAAAAACGAUGCAACUGGCAUUCAAAAUAGAAUUGGUGCUUUGUUCUUUUUGGCAACGAAUCAGGUUUUGAACAGUAUUACAACCGUUGAACUUUUUAUCACAGAAAAAAGGAUAUUUAUACAUGAAUAUAUAAGUGGCUAUUAUAGAGUAUCUGCAUAUUUCUUCUCAAAAAUAAUAGCUGACAUGAUGCCAAUGAGGACUUUGCCAGGCAUCAUCCUCACCAGCUUGAAUUAUUUCACAAUAGGUUUCAAGCCAGUUUUGGCAUCUUUCUUUAUCAUGAUGCUUACUAUUAUAUUAAUUGCAUAUGCCUCUAGUUCUCUCGCUCUGGCUGUUGCGACAGGACAAAACGUCACAUCAGUUGCGAACCUCCUGAUAAAUAUUUGCUUUGUUUUUAUGAUUGUUUUUUCUGGUGUAUUGGUAAAUCUCACAACCAUUACAUCUUCGUUAUCGUGGCUGGAAUACUUCAGUAUCCCUCGCUAUGGCCUAAAUGCUUUACAAAUCAACGAAUUUACUGGACUCAGAUUUUGCACUGAAACCCCAGUAGGGGUCAACGCAACAUGUGUUUCUACUUCUGCAUAUACAGUAUGCACUGGAGAAGACUAUUUGGAAAUGCAAGGCAUUGGCACAACUUCUUGGGACUUGUGGAAGAAUCACGUUGCACUUAUAUGUAUGACUAUAACUUUUCUCACAUUUGCAUAUCUGAAAUUGAAAUUUCUGAAGAAGUAUACUUAG